AUGAAGUUCGCACUCCUCGCUUUCACCGUGGCCGCCGCUGCCUUGGCUCAAGACCACAUUGUCCCACCCAAAGUCGCUUGGGGCGAUGAGGCCCCUGUCGACGGCUUCGAAAUCCUCGGGGGCCAGGAAGCCCAAUUGGGCAAGCACCGUUAUGUGGCUGGGCUCAAGAAGUCGCCCAAUGGUGAGACCUUGUGCGGCGGCAGUCUGAUCGCCCCCAAUGUCGUUUUGACAGCGGCGCAUUGUUUGAAAGGUAAACUACGUGCUGUGGUCGUGGGCACGCACUAUUUAACCGGUUUUGCCGACGGAGAACUGGCCAAUAUCACCCAGGAAAUCAAACACCCCAAGGGCACCGACGUGGGCAUCGUAAUCUUGGACCGCAAUAUCACGACCAUCCAACCUGUGGCGGUGUCGUUUGAAUUCGUUCCGGCGGACGUGCUCGCUUGGGUACGCGGCUGGGGACGCGUCACGAGUCGUGCUCGUGCCCCCUAUUCGAAAGUGCUCAAGGAGCUCAGCGUCACGACCUGGAACAACACUGGGGCCUCGGCUGCGUUGUUCCCCAUUAGACUAACCGACACGAUGUUGGGUGCUGGAGGGGUGGAAGGAGAAGACUCGUGUCGCGGCGACUCGGGGGGACCGUUGACCAUCGAAGAAAACGGUACCGUGCGCUUGGUGGGGGUGAUCAGCUUUGGCCGUGGUUGUGGUGUGCACGGCAACCCAGGUAUCAAUGAACGCGCCAGCGCUGCUCGUACCUUUAUUGAACCGUACUUGCCGAAUUAA